AAAAUGGUACAAGAAACAAGAAAAUACAAAGCCAAAUGGACAUGUUAUAUAACAGUUGAGAGUUGGGUGGCCUAGUUUUCAAGUUCUUUAUUAUAGCUCAAACAGGCGGUUACUUCCACACCCUUUUCCCUCGUAUCCUCCGCCUCCAAAUCCUUUCAUAUACUCCUCUUCUUCUCCAUUUUUCUCUCUAUCUCUAACCUCCUUUUCUUUUCUUUUUUUUUUUUAUUUUCUUCCAGUUCAAGGACUAGAAAGAAGGCACGAUAAUGGCCACUGCUUUCUCUGCUACCCACUUGAUUCAGCCUUUGCCUGUUGAUAAUACCAGAUCUUACAAUAAGCAUCAGCCUCUCUUUGAUCCUCUCAAAACCACCUCUUCUUUUAUUGGAUCUACUUCCAAGCUCCGUUUCUCUGCUCUUCCUAAAUUGAAUCAUGUCUCUUCUUUCCGUCGAUCUGCUAUCGUCGCUGUUUCUGAAGCUGUUAAGGAAAAGAAGCUCAAAUCUACCUCCAAUUUGUUGAUUACAAAAGAAGAAGGGUUGGUGCUAUAUGAGGAUAUGGUGUUGGGCAGAGCUUUUGAGGACAUGUGUGCCCAGAUGUAUUAUAGGGGUAAAAUGUUUGGUUUUGUUCAUCUCUAUAAUGGCCAAGAGGCUGUCUCAACUGGAUUCAUUAAGCUUUUGAAGAAGGAGGAUUCCGUUGUCAGUACUUAUCGUGAUCAUGUCCAUGCCUUGAGUAAGGGAGUCCCUGCUCGUGCUGUCAUGAGUGAGCUCUUUGGCAAGACCACUGGGUGCUGCCGCGGCCAAGGUGGAUCUAUGCACAUGUUCUCCAAAGAUCACAAUGUGCUUGGUGGUUUUGCAUUUAUUGGUGAGGGAAUUCCAGUGGCCACCGGUGCAGCUUUUACCUCGAAGUAUAGAAGGGAGGUUCUGAAGGAGGAUUGUGAUCAUGUCACUUUAGCUUUCUUUGGAGAUGGAACUUGUAAUAAUGGCCAGUUCUUUGAGUGUUUGAACAUGGCAGCUUUGUGGAAAUUGCCCAUUGUGUUCGUUGUGGAGAAUAACUUGUGGGCCAUUGGAAUGUCACACUUGAGGGCAACUUCAGAUCCACAGAUUUGGAAGAAGGGUCCAGCAUUUGGGAUGCCAGGUGUUCAUGUUGAUGGAAUGGAUGUUUUGAAGGUCAGGGAGGUAGCCAAGGAGGCAAUUGGAAGGGCUAGAAGGGGAGAAGGACCAACUUUGGUUGAAUGUGAGACUUACAGGUUUAGAGGACACUCGUUGGCUGAUCCUGAUGAGCUUCGUGACCCUGCUGAGAAGGCUCACUAUGCUGCUAGAGAUCCCAUCACAUCCUUGAAGAAGUAUAUUAUUGAGAAUAGUCUAGCCAGUGAAGCAGAGUUGAAGGCUAUUGAGAAGAAGAUAGAUGAAGUGGUUGAGGAUUCUGUCGAGUUUGCUGAUGAAAGCCCUGUUCCACCUCGCAGUCAGCUACUCGAGAAUGUAUUUGCAGAUCCUAAAGGCUUUGGAAUUGGACCUGAUGGCCGCUACAGAUGCGAAGAUCCCAAAUUCACCCAAGGCACUGCUCACGUCUAGGUUUCAUUUCAGGUUAACUUUAUCUGUUGUGGCUAUUUGUUGGUCUCACGAGUCCAUAAUAGUGUUGUUGCUAGCAAUUACUUGUGCCCCUUAAUUAUAAUGCAAUGCAUGUCUUAUGUAAGCAGGAUAUGUUGUUACUUUUAGGUUGCUUUUCUACUUAAAUUUUGGUUCUGCUCUUCUCUAAUUUAAUUCUCCUUGUUUA